AGCCACAAGAAUGCGCGACGAGCUGCAGACCCGAGCGCGUUCGAUUGAGGUUUGCUGUCCCUGUGUCUGAGUUAUUGAUUUUACGCCAAGUGGCUCAUUGCUGCGCAGGACGCUGAUGUACAAGCAGGGAGUGCCGUUUCGUGUAACGGCUCUCCAAAAUAUUUUAAAAUUUGAAUGUUGUAGGACACUGAAAUGCUGUAUAGCGCACUUAACGUAACGCCUGUGGUUAUUUUAAGUGAAACCUGUGUUACAUUUUGAGUGCGCGCGUGAGACUAAUUCCGUUUUGUUGAUACCGGCGAUGUUCAUAGGAUGCCUGUUGAUAUAUGUGAGUUGUUUGAGCGGAGAGAGUUGGUGAAGGUCUGCGCGCCGAUGGUGAGAUACAGCAAGUUGGCAUUCCGAACAUUGGUUAGACUUUACAACUGUGACGUGUGUUUCACGCCAAUGAUACUAGCAGAUUCAUUUAUUAAAUCAGAAGAAGCAAGAAACAGCGAAUUUACAACAUUUACAGGUGAUCAGCCAUUGAUAGUGCAAUUUGCAGCAAACAAUACAUAUGAUUUUGCCACUGCUGCUGAAAUGGUUGCCAGAUACAGCAAUGGUGUAGAUUUGAAUUGUGGCUGCCCCCAGCGCUGGGCAAUCAGUGAAUGUGUGGGUGCCUAUCUACUUGACAAACCACAGCUUGUGAAAGACAUGGUGCUGCAGGUGCGCAACAGGAUUCCGCACCCAUAUUCGGUGUCUGCAAAAAUACGCAUCAAACAUGAUAUUAGGUUGACAGUUGAACUCUGUAGAACUUUGGAAGCUGCUGGAUUGUCAUUUAUAACAGUUCAUGCUCGAACUGUGGAACAAAGAAACCAGCCAAUCAAUCAAGAAAGCUUGAAACUGAUUUCACAUUCCAUUAGAAUACCAGUAGUGGCAAAUGGUGAUGUCAGGACAUUGGCUGACGCUGAGGAACUGCGAGAAACUACAAGGUGCAAAGGUGUAAUGUCAGCCCGUGGAAUACUUACCAACCCAGCAAUGUUUGCUGGAUACCAUCAGACUCCAGUGGAAUGCGUCCAGGAAUGGAUAACACUAGCCAAGGCAAUGAAGGUUCCCUUCAAAUGUUUUCACCACCAUCUUGUGUUUAUGCUGGAAAAAGUACUUGCCAAACAAGAUCGUCUGAUUUUUAACUGUCUGAAAGAUGAAGAAUCUGUUCUAAAGUAUCUCAAAGAUUAUUUUGAUAUUUUCCCAAAAGAACAAUCACAGAAUUUCGAUCCAGCCAAUUUUACAGUCUGUGAUUAUUCAUGUGUGUUGGAUAGAAGUUUGUCUGAGACCAAAAGUAAACUCUCUGAAGAUACAAGUUCAGAAGCUAUUUUAGAACAUUGCUGUAUUUUUAAUGUGUAGCAGCUAAGAGUCAAAAGCUAAUAUAUUU